AUCCUGAUUCAUAACCCAUAUCGCCUGUCUAUACCGAGAUAAAACUGUAGAUUUGACUGAAGAUUCAGACAUGGACACCCCGACAUUGUUCCUCUGUUUAACAAUAACUUUGACACUUGUUACGGCGGAUGUGGCAACAACUGAUCCACCAAUCAGAAAUCAUGCUACAACUGAUCCACCAAUCAGAAAUCAUGUUACAACUGAUCCACCAAUCAGAAAUCAUGUUACAACUGAUCAAUCAAUCAGAAAUCAUGCAGCAACGGCAGAAACAAGUAUUAAUCACACGGAGAUGAAUGCCUUAUAUGGAUCAGAUGAAGACAGUGUGUUUUACGUGACUGGCUCGCCAGGGUGUGGAGCCACUCAACAAAACGGCCAAAAUGGUUCAAUCCAGAGUCCAAAUUACCCAAGUUCGUAUGCACCAGAUACUGACUGUGUGUGGUACAUUUACGUCACAGAGCCAAUGCGUAUACGUUUGACGUUUGUGGAUUUCGAUACGGAGACUGGAUAUGACUUUGUAGAUAUUUACAAUGGCACCAACGAUUCUAAAACAAGAUUGGACGGAAGGAUAUCACUGCCAUACAACGUUUAUUCAGAUCAUAAUGUAAUGACAGUUAAGUUCCAUUCUGACGGUUCAGGUCAGCGGGUUGGAUUCAGAGCUUACUUCGAGGAAUACGACCCGUAUUUUGAAAUAACCACGUCCACCUACGACUCUUCGUCUAUGCGAGGAAGAAUGACAAUAGGGCAGGGUACAAGUUUUCGGCUAGAAGGACAGCAACUACAGGUAUAUCACAAUGGGAGAUGGGGAACAGUCUGUGGAGACGGCUUUAAUAGGAGGACGGCUCGAGGAAUUUGUUACCUUAUUUACGGAAGGUGGCCAUCGAACGUCUGGUAUUAUCGUGGCGGGUACUCUGGUGUGGCACGUGACAUAUGGUUGGACCAGCUGGAGUGUAGCGAUUCUUAUUAUUACGGCGCUCAGUGCACCGCAAACUACUGGGGGGACAAUGACUGUUCACAUUCUCAAGAUGUGAAUAUGGAAUGCUUUUAUUCUACAAGUUACGAAAUAACAACGUCAACCUACGAUUCCUCGUCCAGGGGAGGAAGAAUGACAAUAGGACAGGGAACUAAUUUUCGGCUAGAAGGACAACAACUACAGGUAUAUCACAAUGGGAGAUGGGGCACAGUCUGUGAUGACGGCUUCAAUGAGAGGACGACUCGAGGGAUUUGCUACCUUAUUUACGGAAGGUGGCCAUCGAGCACCAGGUAUUACAGCGGCCAGCAGAGCACCACAUCUUCACCACCUAACAGGCUAAUAUGGCUGGACCAACUGGAGUGUACCGAUAUUUAUUCUUAUUAUGGUCCUCAAUGCACCGCAAAUUACUGGGGGGUCAACGACUGCUCGCAUUCUGAGGAUGUUUCUGUAGAAUGUUACUUCUCGUCAGGUUAUGAUUUUACAACGUCCACCUACGAUUCUUCGUCUAUGGGAGGAAGAAUGACAAUAGCUCAAGGCACCUCGUUCCGAUUAUACGGACAGCAGCUACAAGUUUACCAUGACGGGAUGUGGGGAACCGUGUGUGAUGACGGAAUCGGUGAAGACACAGUUAAGGGAAUUUGUAAACUUAUUUACGGAACAUGGCCAAGCUCUGUCACGUAUUACACCCGCGGAGGCUCUAAUGCAGUCCCGAUAUUAUUGGACGAUUUAGAAUGUACCCGCUCAUAUUAUUAUUAUGACGAACCCAGGUGUAGCGCAAAUUACUGGGGAGUCAACAAUUGUGGUCACUCUGAGGAUCUUAAUAUGGCAUGUCACUAUUAUGAUGUUACAACAGUUGACUACGAUACAACCUCUCAGGGAGGCAGAAUGACAAUCGCACCAGGAACACAAUUUCGACUAGAAGGAGGACAGUUACAGGUAUAUCAUAACGGGGUUUGGGGAUCCGUGUGCUAUGAUGGACUCGAUAUGAGGACGAUUCGUGGAAUGUGUUACCUUAUUUACGGACAGUGGCCAUCGGAAGAUCCCUACUAUACCAAUUACCAGUAUUAUUCAUCCGUACCUAUAUGGCUGAACCAUUUGAAAUGCACGGAUGAUUACUACUACGGACCUCAGUGCAGUGCGGAUUACUGGGGGAUCAGUUCUUGUACCACCGUGGAAAUUGGAUGUUAUAUUCACGAGCCUACGACAGCUGCAUUUUCUGUGGCACCAUCGUACUCCUCAGAUGUGUACGUCAGAUCCAUAACAGUGGACUGUUACCCAGACGCUUGGAAUAUCAUGAUAUAUUUGCCUGAACUUUACAAACGUCAUGUUGACUUUGAUCCGGCUGAUAUUUACCUUGGUCGACCUGGUUGCCAGGGUUACCGAGUUGGAAACUACCUGCGAAUUGACCAACAGUACAGCAACUGUGAUAGUCACCAUUUUACAACAUCCGGAAAAGUAGAAUAUACCAACACCCUUGUGUACGCGUACAGGGACCCUAAUUACAAGUUCAUUAUUAGAGAAUACCGCUUCAAGAUUGACGUAGAAUGUGACAUGGCGACACACGAGACUGUAUCACAACAUUUCAUUGAAACGCACAAUCAAGUGCGCAAGCGCAGUAGCAAUCCACAUAUUUCCGGUUCAGGCCAUUAUAAUAUGCAAAUGGCAUUUUACAGGGACCAGGGAUAUCAACAACAAAUGCCCGGUAAUCCUCUGACGGUCAGUAUUGGACAGGACAUCUACGUCAGCGUGACCACGCCCCUCUCAGACUAUGACGUGAAGAUGAGGGUCGAGUCCUGUUACACACUGCCGUCACCGACUGCGGGAGAUCAGUUAAAGUUUUAUCUUAUCAAAAACGGAUGUACCAGUGAUACAAAUACCCGCGUCCAAUACCUGUCCUCUCACGAGACUAGGUUCGUCUUCCGAGACUUUGAAUAUUCCACCAAUCAAGAUGACUUAUACUUGUUCUGCACUGCUACAUUUUGUAACGUGACCGACUAUUCGUCAGCGUGUGACCAAUCAUGUCACAACGUCAAAAGGCGAUCUGUCCAAUCAGAGUCCAGGAGCCUCCUUAGAAGAUCAGUGACCUCUGGCAUUCUUCAUCUGUCUAAAGGUCGCUCCAGACGUGAUGUUGGAGACCAAGAUAAAACCGACAAUUCCGUUCAUGCGCAGUACAUCAGUGUAGACGACCAUCUAUUUAUAGCCGUGAUCGUCAGUGCAAUAGGCAUAUCAAUGAUUGCUGCUUUUGUAGCGAUUCGCCGGUACCGGAAACCGAAGUCCAAACCUAUCGACACCAUAUAAUAUGUUAUUUAAGCUGACGCCAUAUGCUAGCUAAUUCAUUAUACCUGUGAUUUGUACUAGUAUUAAGAUUUUAAGUUACCUUAUACAUUAUACCUGUGAUUUAUGUUAGAGUUCAGUAUAAUACCUGUGAUUGGUGUCAGAGUUAAGGGUGUAUGCUACCUUACACAUAAUACCUAUGAUUUGUGUCAGAGUUAAGGUUAUGUGUUACCUUACACAUCAUACAUGCACAUAUGCAUUGUGUUAUGAUUAUUCUAUCGCUCCUCACACAUGAUACCAGUGAUUUUUGUUGGAUUUAAGGAUAUAUUAAACAUUACAUAAUAUUUUA